AUGUUGAACUCUACGUGCCACCGAGACUCGGACAAUUGUUCGGAACAAUCCGCUGGCGAUCGUGACGAGCAAAUUACUCUCGCCAUAGCUGCGAUGAGAGCUGCCGUAGAAAUGAGCAGUGCAUCCACUGGUGACUCUGCUAGCGAAUCCGAGGUACUUGCUGGCGAAUCCAAUGUACCGCUAUCGCGUCAUAAUGCUGGUGUAUCGCCUUUCGUGGCUAUUGCUGUACCCGAACAUAUGUCGCCUGAGGAGUACAAAUCUUUAGAUGGACGGGCACGGGCUUAUGAGGCUCGGGUCCAUUCGCCCAUCUAUAAGUUCGGCAAAUUCUGGACCUGCUCGGAGAUAAUUGACAAGCUGCCGCACGUGAUGAAGCUGUGGGAGACCUAUCGCCUGUUCGUACGUCCACCCAGCAUCGCGACCAUUGACAUCCUGAAGGUGGGCGAGUGCCUGCGCGCGAUGGGCGCCAACUUCGAGGAUACGACUAUGAAGGCGAGUUUGGUGGAACGUCUGCUCACCUUUCCGCACGUGAAGCCAGCAAUCUCCGCCAACUUUGAGCUGGUCCUGGCCGUCUACAGUGAGGUGGUACAGGUGGAUCCGGUGCCCGAUUGCGACAUAUUGAUCAAGGGCCUGAGCUGCUACGACAGUUUGAAAACGGGCAGGGUGGCCGCUAAACGACUGCGCCGCAUCCUGACCACCAUGGGCCAGCGGCUCAGCGAUGGGGAGGUGAGCACCCUGCUCGACUCCAUGACGGAUGGGGCCGGCGAUGUCGACUAUGUGACCAUGAUGCAGACCCUCUUCCCCACUGAUACCGAGACCCCCAUCAAGCUGAAGCAGGUGCGCAUGUAUCUGACGGCCCUCGGCAAGCACGCCUACCACAUGGACCUUACGAAGCGCGACGACAUAAUACGAGCGCUGCGUAAAAUCGACAAAGAGAAGACCGGCUAUGUGAAUCACGCUACCAUGAUAGAGCUGCUCGAAAAGAGCGGCGAGAACUUCACAGUUCCCGAACUUGUUGCUCUCGCCAGCGGUAUAACCGAAGACGAAAAUCAAAUUUGUUACCGCAAUUUCCUCCAAAUGAUCAUGAACAACUGA